GAAAGCCCGUAUAAAAACUACCGGGGACCUUCGGCGGGCAGAAGCACGGCGGCUCCGCGGACGGCUGCAGCCGGCGGCGCGGCGGCCUCUGCCCCGGCGGGGAGGCGGGCGCACGGCGGCUCUGCGGCUCGGCGCCUUGCCCGCCGCGCCCCCCGGCUCCGCGCAGCCCGUGCCCCCUUUUCUGCCCCUUCCCAGCGCCCCCCGCCCCGCUGCCCCGUCCUCCCGCCCCCGCGCCGCUCCGCGGCCGCUCCGCGGGCUGCCCCGCCUCCGGUGCGGGUUGAGCGGCGCCGCUCACUGCGGGCUGCCCCCGCCUUUGCCAGGCGCGGAGCGAGAGCGGGCGGCGGCGGCGGCGCGGCGCCAUGGCCGAGGACGGCGGGACUUGCGCGGGCUGCGGCGAGAGCGCGCACUGCAACGUGCUGAGCUGGGAGCAAGUGCAGCGCCUGGACCGCAUCCUGGGCGAGACCAUCCCCAUCCACGGCCGCGGCAACUUCCCCACGCUGGCCAUGCAGCCGCGCCUCAUCGUCAAGGUGGUGCGGAGCCGCCUGGAGCUGCGCGGCAUCGGUGUGCGCGACGUGCGCCUCAACGGCUCGGCCGCCAGCCACGUCCUGCACCAGCACAGCGGCCUGGGCUACAAGGACCUGGACCUCAUCUUCUGCGCCGACCUCAAAGGCGAGGCCGAGUUUCAGACUGUGAAGGACGUGGUCUUGGACUGCCUCUUGGAUUUCUUGCCCGAGGGGGUGAACAAGGAGAAGAUCACGCCGCUCACCCUCAAGGAAGCUUAUGUGCAGAAAAUGGUAAAGGUAUGCAAUGAUUCAGAUCGAUGGAGUCUCAUCUCCUUGUCCAACAACAGUGGCAAAAAUGUGGAGCUGAAAUUUGUGGACUCUCUGAGGCGGCAGUUUGAAUUCAGUGUCGAUUCCUUUCAAAUCAAGCUAGACUCCCUGCUGCUUUUUUAUGAGUGCUCAGAGAAUCCGAUGACCGAAACUUUUCACCCGACUAUCAUUGGUGAGAGCGUCUAUGGGGAUUUCCAAGAAGCCUUUGAUCACCUCUGCAACAAGAUAAUCGCCACCAGAAACCCAGAAGAAAUCCGAGGAGGUGGUCUACUUAAGUACUGCAACCUUUUGGUAAGGGGCUUUAGGGCUGCCUCUGAAUCCGAGAUUAAGUCCCUGCAGAGAUACAUGUGUUCGAGAUUUUUCAUUGACUUCUCAGACAUUGGAGAGCAGCAGAGAAAGCUGGAGUCCUACUUGCAGAACCACUUUGUGGGAUUAGAGGACCGCAAGUAUGACUAUCUCAUGACCCUUCACGGUGUGGUGAAUGAGAGCACAGUGUGCCUGAUGGGACAUGAGAGGAGACAGACUCUUAACCUGAUCACCAUGCUGGCCAUCCGGGUCCUAGCCGAGCAAAAUAUCAUCCCCAAUGUGGCCAAUGUCACCUGCUAUUACCAGCCAGCCCCGUAUGUAGCAGAUGCCAACUUCAGCAAUUACUACAUUGCCCAGGUUCAGACGGUGUUCCCUUGCCAGCAGCACACCUACUCGACUUGGCUGCCCUGUAAUUAAGGACCACGAUUGGCAGACCUGGCGGGGAGAACGUUUCUUAAUGUGCAGGAAGGGGCGAUGCGCCCCUGCGAAAUGGGGUGUUUUGUGCAAUGAUGAUCUGCUCUGGUUUGCAAGCUUGGUAAAAGCUUGUGGUUCUUUUAAUAAAUAACGGGAGCAUGAUCUAGAAGGAACCCCCCAAUAAUUGGAUCCUACCCCAGAGCACAAGAGGCCUGUCAUUAAAAGCAAACAGCUUCUGCUGAAAGAAGUGAGGGAGGAAUGCUUGAUGACAAUAUGGGUUGGCAGUACCUACUCCCAUAGCUUUGGCAUAGAGAAGGUGGGAAAGCCUCUUUUUUUUAAAAAAAAAUUUUUUUUGUUCUCACUUUAGAAUGGGAUCUGCAAAAGGGAGAAUAUGAAAGAAAUAAAAAAACAACAAAAAUGAAAAAACACAAAAACAAUUCUAUAUAUAUAUUCAGGAAUUAAGAGUAGAGGCAUAAAGCAGAGAUAAGCUGAAUAAAAAUGUAUAUUGGAAUUACUGCAUUUGGGGCUUGCAGCAAGUGCCAUCUAUGGAAUGAUCCCGCAGAAUGUAUAGCUUGCUUGAAUAGAAAUGCUUUAACAGAAACAGUUUGCUCCAAAUGAACAGUAGUAGAUUGGUACAGCUAUAAAAACAGAAGCACGUACGAUGACAAAGUCCAAUAUUUCCAGCUGUGUGCAUGCCUCACAUUUUAAAAAUGUGAGAAUACAAGAGAACCAGCUGUGGCAAACAAAAUAUACUUAAGGACCAAAGAUUUCACAGAGAAGUUAUCCGAGCAAAGAAGAUACAGUAGAGUAUAUAUAUAUAUAUAUACACAUAUAUAUAUAUAAAAGAAAACAGAUGUUGCUAUAUUUGUACACACCAAUAGUAAUCAAAAGUGCCUGAUGCCUUCAUAAAAUUUGAAGUGAGAAAAUAUAGUUUUGUGGUUUAACCAUGCAUUUUGUUUUAUCAGGGACACAAGGAUUAAAAACGAAUAACAUAAGCUUGUGAAUAAGUGGUGGAGGAAGUGCCCUAUUUUUUUUCUUGGCAAAUACUUGUAUAGAGUUAAUGUUACGUCGGUGUGAUAUUAUCCUAGGUACGUGUGUGUAUGUGUGUAUAUAUGUUUGUGUGUGUAUAUAUGUACAUGUUAUAUUUGUAUAUCUAUAUAUAUACACACACAAUAUAUAUUAAUAUGGUCUAGGAAAAUGUAGCAAUUAAGGAAUGUUUAAAUAAAGUACUAUGUGUUUUCCAGUUUGCAACAGGAUGUCAUAGGACAGUGGGUACCUUGCAGUGAAUUUUUUUAACCCACAUCUGAAAAAAUUGGAGUAGAUGAACCAGUCAGGAUUAAGGUGGGAUUCAGAUAAUGUCUUUGGUUGCAAGAACAAGGAUUACAGUAAUUCAGUGGGUUGCUUGUGAGCCAUAAUAAUUCCACAAAUGGAGAAACAUAUGACUAGCUAUUUUUUUUUAACUAUUUUGUACUGUAAUGCCAUUUUGACAUUUAACCCACUAAUGUCGUGACUGCAUACCUCCAUGAUGUAUAAUUCAGUGGAACGUGGAUCAAAGAUAGGUUUAUUUAAACCCCCUGACAGCUAAAGGAUAUUGUAUUAGUUGGUGAUUUGAACACUAAUUGUUAAUAUUUAAAGGAAUAUUUUAAUAGGAUGCGUUAUGCAUUCCAGGACCACUAGAAUUUAGUAAAUGUGAAAUGAACCCUUUUUAAGAGUGUUGCACGAUUGCUUAAAAUUAUAUUUUAUAAAUAUAUAUAUAUUAUAUAUAUAUAUUUUUAUGCAAAUAUUAAACAUCUUUGAUCUGGUUGUCACACUGCAUUUACAACCUCAGUACUGUACUUUAUUUAAAUGGAAUCACUUUACAUUGGAACAAUAACUAUUCACUUUCAUUUCCUCUCCCAAAAGAUCAGUAGGAGGAAAAUCAACCUCUGCUGUAGUUUUCACUUCAGUGACAUCUUGGAAGGUGUUAAAUUCUUUGUUGGCCUUUGAAAACCUAAUGACUAAGUGACACUUGAGUCUAAUAUUUUGCUUUUUCUUACUGAAAAAAAAGAAAGAGGGGGGGAAAAAAAGAGAUGGGGGGGGAUUCAGGGCUUUGGAAAGAAAACGCGGUGCGACCUGCCUGGUUGCUCGCGUGUUCAAGGAGGCAGGGGAAGAGGGCGAGGGACAGGGCUCGUCUCCCGGCAGUGAAUUUUCCCUGCAGAGCAACCAAGGUACAUCUAUUUUUGUUCCGCUUAUGUCCUUUUAUCUCCGAAGGCGAUUUAGCAGGAACCUGAUUUGUUUACUGAGGCACCUUCCCUGGGAAUUCUUCAGGAAUCGUUAGGGGAAAAAAAAAGAAGAAAGAAAAGGCAGUUUGGCGUGGUUUGCCCGGAGACCUUGCCCCCCACCUUGCUUCCCGGCCCCCUUCCCCGCGCUCGUGGCCCGGGACCUGCCGCUCGCCCGCGGCUCCUCGGAGGGCUCCGAACGGAAGCUGAGGGGAGCGCUGGGGAAAUGGGAUCAGCUGGUAAUGUGGUAUGUCUUCUCUUACCACAACUAUUUGCAGCAAAUAAAUGAGUCAUCCGCUAUUUAAAAGGGUUUGAGAAUCUAUAGCUGUGCCACAACCACAAAAUGCUGAUAAUACAUGACACAAUGUAUUUUUCCUUUGAAGGACCUUUUUUUUUUUUCUUUUUUCCAUUGCUUCAAAGCAAAUUGUUUUAUUUCCUUUCAGCUCAAAUUUUAUUGUGUUUUUUUUGAGUGACAGCAGCUAGUUAUCUUAUAGUGCAUGCAGCAGGGCUCUGAGCUAAACUGCACCUUUCAGCGUUCGCAUUUUGAUACAUAUAUAAUAUGUUUUUAUAUAUAUUAUAUAGGUAUUAUGGAUCUGUUUUGCAUAUGUUAGUGAUCAAGUGCGGGAACUGGUAGAGCUUUGCUUUAUCUGUGACUGGUAGUUUCAAAGGUGCAUGGUAUUAGUGGUGGGAAGAAGGCGUGAGUUCAGGCCAAGAGUGAAAUAAGAACCCCUUUUCAAAGCUGGUUUACUUCUGUGGUUUGCACACCUUCCCCUGCACACAGUCCGACUCUUUUUUUUUUUUUUUUUUUAUUUAGUUUUUCCCUCCUCUUCAGCACACUGGUACGUUGAAAGUUAACAACUGCAUUCUUGCUUUGUAGGCUGCAUUUUUCCCAUCCAAUCAGAUGUAAGGUUAGAACUUGCUACAGGAGACAGUGCCCCUUUUAAAGAGCUGAACUGAUUAAAAACAUUGACCUGAUUACAGAAAAACUGUUUGUGCCACAGCUGAAUUUAUUGCUAACCAAGAGGGAGCUAAACUUGGUUAAAUGUAGCUAUCGUGAAACAACCGAGAGCUUCGAAAUGGGAUUUAUUUUAUUUUAUUUUUUCUGAGCCAGCUCCAUCUCCUCAAAUGCAAGAAAGUUUCUUCUAAAAAUAGAAGGGCAAUUAGAACACCAAAAAGGUCAUAUUUUUGUAGUUUCUAAUAUUAUACUUCAAAAUAAAAAAAAAGUUUUUAUCUUGCACAGAAGCCUUCACAAAUCUUGUAAAUACCUCUUGUUAAAUGCUUGGUCUGCAUCAUGUCAUAGGCUCCUACCAGUUUACCGUUCAAAGGAAGGUUUUUUUUUUUUUUUUUUUUUUUUUUUUUUUUUUAACUGAAAAUGAAGCGUGUUAGAUAAGACUGCACAGCAAAGGAAAAGAUGUAAUUGCAUAUUCAGCUCCUAUUUGAAUAUACUCUUUUGUAUGGUUUUCUUUAAGCAGAGAGUUUCCCCUGCAAGAAAGGAAAUCAGUGUACUGUUUUGCUGUUGUAAUAAUGGUUUGCUAACAAAAAUAAAUAGAAAAAAGCAAAAAAAAAAAAAAAAAAAAAAAAAAAAGAAAAGCCUGCGAAUUUCAAGACAGCUUGGCUAAAGCACUGCAAGCUUCUGCAGUCCGUAGGAGUCUGUGCAGAUAUGCUUUCCCUCAGAUUUCCUUACAACUGUUGCCUUCUGCAAGGCAUCCUGUUGCAGCAAACUGCUCCUUGGAUUGCUCUUUUGGAACAUUUUGACUAUAGGCUUUGUCACAGGCAGAAAAAGAGCUGAUGGAAAACAGGCUCUAGAGGGAACAGAUUGUGAAUUUUGUUUACAGCAUCCAAUAUUUGGAUUUUUUUUUUUUUUUUUUUUUGUAAAUAAAAAGAAGUUAUUUUUUUCUAUUGA